CGCCGUGUCGAGAGGCAUAAAGGAAGCGAGGUAAAGGAGAGCCGAGGACGCAGCACCACGUGAAGUCUCGUAUUUUAGAUGAUGGAUUGGACAGCUGCUGAGUACCUCCUAUCUUUCCUCGAUCUGUUUUCGAUCGAAGCCAAGAAAAAUUGAUGCGAUCUCGUCACUUUGACCCAGGUUUACUUCCUCUAAGACCACAAGCCUCAAAUCUCUCUGGUCCAUGCUGUUAUGGCCAACUAGCAGCAUGGAACAAGUGUGGCAGGACAUCAGCCUGAGCUCUUCUCUUCGAGAAGAAGACGUGCCCUCCACGCCUUCUCCCUCGCUCUAUGGCGCCAGCACAGCAGCCGCUUCCUGCUCCUUCGGUGGGAACUUGAAGGAAACCAGUGAUCGCAUUCUUCCUGCUCCCCUCAGCCUCAGCUUCGGCUGUCUUGACUCCAGCAUCGAUGGGGUCGGCAGUGGUAGCGUCGUCGACUGGUGCCCUAAGAAGCAUGCGAUGGAGCAGCGGUGGAAUGGGAGCUUCAGCAGCGGGACUGACGUCGACCGCAGGAAGAAACGGAUGAUCAAGAACAGGGAGUCGGCAGCUCGAUCGAGAGCCCGGAAACAGUCUUGCGUGCGACAGGCUUACACGAUCGAGCUGGAGCAGGCGGUCGAUCAUCUACUGUACGAGAACAGGUUCCUGAAGAGACAGUGCGAGGAGCUGAAGAGAGCUACGGUGCAUCAGCUCCCGGUGGCUACAAAGAGCUCCACCCUCCAGAGGACGUUAACAGCUCCAUUUUAGGAAAGCGCAGGAUGAGACCUUUUUUUCCACGACAAAUGCCACCUCCCUCCCUGUCGGGACAGCUUUAGGUAUUGUUCUACGGGUCGAUGCUUUCUCAGCCUUCUUCCGAAGGCUGAGCUAUUUUACUCAGUGCAGGUUUUCGUGGACAAGCUACCCUCUACCUUCCUCGUUCACUCAGGCUUCUUCUCAUUUAUAUUGCCUUUGCUUAUGCUGCUUCCUCUGAGAAUUCUACCUCAAAGAAGCUGUCUUGUUGCUGUUCCCUUGUCAUCCAACACUUGGUCAACAAAGACAUUCAAUUCUACUUUUUGACUCA